AUGAAUCUAGGAGAGGAGUCUGAGCUGGAGAGUAACAGCAACCUGUCUGAAAUGGAUGAUGUGUCAGAGCCACACAGUGAUUUCACUAUCAACGUAAAGGCCACAAAGAGAAAACCGGCCGUAGCUCUGGGAACAGCGUUUCCCAAAAAACGACAACACAGGACAAAGGUUCAUCCUCCCACCAGCUCCAGUCCUUCCCAGCCAGACACACCUGGAUCCCCUAUUACAGCAAACAGCACUCUUCCCCAAUUGCCUGAAUUGUCUAAAAGACAGAAGAGUGAAAGAGGAAAGAAGCAGUCUAAUGCAGUGCACAUGUAUGAGGCUGUGCAGUCCGGCCAGAGUGCAUUUGUGACAGUGGUUGAUGAUUGGCUUGAAGGCUAUAAGCAAGAUCGUGAGGAGGGACUUCUUGAACUCAUUAAUUUUGUGGUUCAGUGCUGUGGCUGCAAAGGUGUAGUGACCAGGGAAAUGUUCAACAGUAUGCAAAAUGCUGACAUCAUCAGUCACCUUACUAAAGAAUUUAAUGAGGACUCAGUCAGUUACCCUCUUGUAGCGAGUGGCACCCAGGGACGGCGUUUCCGUGAGGCGCUGUGCGAGUUUCCAUCUCAGCUAGUGCAGCGUUGCCAGAACAGCUUGCUGUAUGACGAGUUUCUGUUUUCGUCACUACUUGCAUUCCUCACAGGCCUUGCUGAUUCACAGGUCCGAUCUUUCAGACAUACCAGCACACUUAUUGCAAUGCAUUUGAUGUCCGCUAUAGUUGAAGUGGCUGCAGUAGUGUAUACACAGGGAGAAAUGACGCAGAGACGCUGUCAGCUGGAGAAAAACAAGGGUGUCAAGCAAAUAGCCACCGAGAAACUGGAGGAGCUGCAGAAUUCAUACAAUGAGCUGCUGGAACAUCAGGAGGAAUUGCGUUCUCUGAUGAAUGGCAUCUUUAAGGGCGUGUUUGUGCAUCGCUAUAGAGACAGAGUUCCAGAGAUCCGUGUCAUCUGUAUGAAGGAGAUGGGUGUAUGGCUCAGAGAAAACCCCACCUCCUUCCUUAAUGAUGGGCAUCUCAAAUACAUGGGCUGGAUGCUGAAUGACAAGCAAGCCAGUGUUCGCCUGCAGUGUGUGUUGGCCUUGCAAAAGCUGUAUGCAGAGAGAAGUUUUAUCAGCCGCCUGGAGCUCUUUACCAGCCGCUUUAAGGAGAGGAUGUUGAACAUGGUGAUGGAUAAAGAUCCUGAUGUGGCUGUGGAAGCAGUCAAAUUGCUGCUGGUUAUUAAACAGAGGGUAGAGGACUGUCUGACAGAAGAUGAGUGUAGUUCUGUCUAUCCUCUGGUGUUUGCAGCACACAGAGGACUGGCCUCUGCAGCUGGCGAGUUUCUUUACCAUGUGCUGUGUACUGAACUGGGACCCUUAUCAGAAGGAGAGCAUGAAAAACACAGCGCAGCAUUCCUUAACCUGCUAACGUGCUUCUUUAUUCAAAGCAAGUAUCACGAGCAUGCUGCCUACCUGGUGGACAGCCUCUGGAAUGUAGCAGGGUCAGAGCUGACUGACUGGAACACGAUGACGUCACUGUUGUUGUAUGACAAAGGAGCUGGGCAAGGCCUGGAGGAUGCUGAAGAGGGUGCGCUUAUUGAUAUCAUGAUGUCAGCUGUCAGACAGGCAGCAGAGGCCACAGGCCCUACAUCACAUUUAGUCGGGAAGAGAAAUUUGAGUGUGAAAGGCAGGAAGCUCCAAGCUCAAGAGAGAAGGCGCAUCACCAACCACUUCAUACUCCUGCUGCCCCAGUUACUAGCUAAGUACUCAUCAGAUGCUGAAAAGGUGUCUUCUCUUUUAAGAGCACCACUUUAUUUUGAGCUUGAGGCCUAUUCCAGCACAGGUCGCCUAGAAAAGUAUUUGGAGAUGAUGAUGUCACAAGUUUGUGAAAUUAUGGAAAAGCAUCACGAAGAGUCUGUGUUGGAGGCAUGUGUGCACGUUCUGUGUGCGUUGUGUUCUGAUCGUUACACCUUCUCCGUUCGUGCUGAGAGAGCCGUUAGCCAGUUUUUGGAUGCAACCGUGGAGAAAUUUACUGCACACUUAUCCAACCUACUUCAGAACGCAGCUGAUGAGGAUGAUGUGUACAGUGCUGCAACCUCCAUGAAGAGGCUGGCGGUCUUCAGCAGUGCCAGGGAUAUAACUGCCUGGAAGCUGUUGGAUCCAUGUUUUUUGCUUCUGAAGACUGGAGUGGAGUCUGGGGAGAUUGACCAAGAGUUAAUGGUCUCUGCAAUGAGGUGUCUUGCUUUCCACCUGCUGUGGGAGAGAGUGAAGAUCUCACAUGUAGCUGCUCAAGCAGACAAGGCUGGGCUAAAGACACUGCAGAAAGAAGUUCGAUCCUUCUAUCAUUUAUGUCAGAGCUGCAUAUCUCUGGGUCAGAGGCACGUUAGAGACCAGGCAUUUGUAUGUCUGUGUGAUGUGCUGCUGGUGUUUGGGCAACAGAAAGUGAGAAAAGAACUUCAGAGCAUGAAUUUUUCACCUGAUGAUACACUGAAGGCAGAGAUGGCAUCCUUUGUGAUGGACUACAUAUUUACUGACCCUGACAAUGAUAUUACAGGAGAGGAUGAAGAUGAGAUCACUUCCCUUCAGCGCAGAAGGAAUCAGCUGGCAGGAUACUGCAAACUCAUCCUAUUUGGUGUGCUGGAGCUCAGGGCAGCUGCUGAUAUCUUCAAAUGCUACAAUAAGUUCUACAGAGAUUAUGGUGACCUCAUCAAGGAGACGCUGAGCAAAUCCAGAAUCAUUAGUCCAGUGGAAAGUGCCAAGGUGGUCUGCCUUAGUCUCCAACAGCUGUUUUCUUCAUUAGGAGAGGAAGGCCAAAAUUACAUGAAAGAGAUCAAAGAUCUAGCCAAGAAGUUUGCCAUGAGCUUUGGCAUUAACCUUCAGCACAUCCGCAGACCUCUUCUAGAACUACACCAGGAUGGUAUCAAGUUUGCUGCGCAGGGAGCUGCAGAUGACAUUUCAAAUCUGAGAUUUCUGGAGAUCCUCAGCGAAUUCAGCUUCAAACUUGUAAAGCAGGACCGCACCAAGCUACUGAGUUAUCUACAGCAAGUGUGUGGCAGUAUGAAUAACAGAUGUGUGAAUAUGUAUGAGCAUUCCCUGUGCUCAGGACUCAGAGAAACUCCUGCUUUUUCCCAUGACACACCUGCCAAGAAACGCCGUCGUGUGGAGGGGCCAGUGAGAAGUUUGGAUACCCCUGCCCUCACCUCCACAGCUCUGUCUAGUAGAACUGCACACAAAAAGCCCCUCCAUCGCUCUACAGGUUCCUACAGGGAGACCAGCUUGGAGCGAUCUUCAGUGGAUGAUAUCGUGGAAGGACUUUCCCUGAUUGAGGAGGACUUUGAAGAAGUAGAGGAGCCAGUGAUCGAGGAUUAUGAAGAUGAAGACUCAGACUUCGAUGAAGCUGUGACUCUGCCAUCAACCCGCCACUCUACCAGCUUCUUAGAAGAGCUGUUUGACUGA